CGGAACAUUCCGAAAAUGACGUCAGGCGCUCCGCUAGUCUCGUUUAGCUUACUGCGAAGGAGAAAAAAAAAAAGCAAGCAACAAGAACAAGAAGGAAGAGCAAUGGCGACAUUGGAUCGCCAACUACCAAGUCCGGAUACGUUUCUGUAUAAACCUUGGUCAACCUUCAUUAGUGCAGCAAAAUUACACUAUUCUGACAACUCCCUCGUCGAAAACCGCGUGAAAGAGUUGUACAACAGAGAAGCAACUAAACUCAGCAAAGAAGAGAUGCACGUGUAUGGCCAGUACCCAACCCAGGAGGAUUUCUGUCUCGUCGUCUGCCAUGUCUGCAACCAAGUGGUCAAACCCCAGGGCAUCCUCACCCACUACGAGCGUCGGCACGGCUCUCCGUGUCCUCCGAGGGGCCCUGUGGUCUCGAAGCCCAAGGUGGCGGUGGCCCCCACCCCAGGUCCUGCACCCCCCCUUCCCUUCCGGGUCCCCAGAGACUACCCCCACUCCCGUUUCAACAAGGCCCCCCUCGCAGUCUACCCUCCCAAGGGCGCCCGCGGCAAGACAUGUGUGUCCUUGCCGGUGGUGAGUUUGGAGAAGAUGCCGUGUCUUGGCCGGACAGAAGGGGGAGCCCACGUCAGAAUCAACUGCUCAUCCUCCACCCCUCCCUCUUCCUCCCCCUCCUCCCUCAAACCCUCCCCGACCCCCCCAACUACCCUCAAGGGCUCUCAGGAGAAGCUGGUGAACGGUCGCGGCCCCCCCACUCCCCGCUCCACCACGCCCCCCUCCUCAGCAGACAGCCGGCCCAGCCCUGCCCGCUCUCCCAUGGACAAACGUCCAUUUUCCUCAUCACCCUCUCCCUCCCCCCACGACCACCGCAGACCCUCCCCUUCUCCCACGCCCCGGACCACUGCACCCUCCUCCCCGCAUGACAGGAAACAGCAUAAUGGAACCAAAACGCCCGGGCCUAACAGGAGACUAUCAGGUAGGGUGUUUGACCCAAACAAGCACUGUGGAGUCCAGGACCCCGAGAGCAAACGACCCUGCACACGAUCACUCACCUGCAAGACUCACUCGCUGACCCACAGACGGGCUGUCCCAGGCAGAAGGAAACACUUUGACAUUCUCCUGGCAGAACACAAGGGUCGAGCGAAAGAGAAGGAGGGGGCUAAGGAUAAAGAAAGGGAUGGAGGGCCCAAGAGGGAGAUAUUGGGGAGCAGCCAGGGCACCCCGGCUCAUGACACUACCCCCUCCACCCUGCCCCCCCAAUGCCACAACAGCAGAACCAUUUCCACCCUGAAACUUCGGCUGGCUAGCGCACACAUACCGAGGGUGCCUGGAGGUGGUGUCCUCUCAUCCACCCCCGUCUCUCCAGCCUCCAACCCGGCCCAGGAACCCCAGGCCCCCAUCUGGCAGAGGGUAGGAGGGGACCAGCGUGUGGGUGCGGACAGGGACAGCCAUCUGUCCAGUGAUGAGGGUGACCCAGUCACACCCGAACCCGACAGAGGCCGAGCUUCCUGCCACUAUUCUCCUCAUCACCCUCGACCCCUGGGGUACUGUGCGUUCAACAGCAGGCUGAUGGGGCGUGGCCACUAUGUGUUUGAUCGUCGGUGGGACCGAAUGAGGCUGGCGUUACACUGCAUGGUGGAGAAGCACGUCAACGCUCAGAGGUGGAGGAAGGUUCCCCCGGUUGCAGAGAGCCUGAUUCCCCUCGAGAACCCUCCCGCCGGUACUCCCUCCAGCGCCAUCGGCCCUUCUCCCCUCCACUCCUUCCCACCCUCCACCAACGGCGCCUUCUCUCUGAUAUCCUACCCAGCGAGCUUGACCCAGGAUGUGUCAGCUGCAGGCCUGUACAGCACCAGGGACCCCACUCAGCCCCCGGCCUCCGCCCUUGGGAAACCCCGUAAUGACACGACUGCCAAACCCAUCAGGCCCCCUGGAGCCAAGAGGAGGAAGACCAACCUUCCGCCUAGUUCGGAGCCUCACAGGAGGAACGGCAGUAGCUACCACAAUCCCCCGUCCCCGCUCGGCUCCGGCGUGCCUCCCCUAGAUGCUCGGAGGAAGACCUUAGGGCGCAGUGCCAGCGAGGCGGGAGUCAGGGUGAAGGACUGGUACUCCAACCCUGACCCGAACCCCGCAACACCCUACCCCGUCACCAGAGACCAGUCCACCCCCUCAACCCCUAAUCCCAACCCCCUGGCCUAUGGAGGUGGUGUGGAGGGGAGGAAGAGGAGAAGCCCCAGCGCUUACGGAGGAGCAGGGAAGCCUGGCAAGAUGACCAAGUCCAGCACAGGGCUGGACAGCAUCUUUAGGAGGAGCAGCCCUGGGCUUCUGGCCUCAGGCCCAGAAUCACCACGGCAGUCCAAGUUGCACCAUUGACAAUUACAGGAGGUAUGGACAAAAUGUUGGGCAGCUGCAUGGACUAGUGUCUGUGAUCUUUAACUGACAGAAGUACCACAUGACUCUGAUCUCUAAACAGUGACGUCACUGACCUUGGCAGCUGUACUUGGAAGGGAUUCUGGGAUGUGGAGUCAUUAGUGGGUCAGACUGAUUUGGCUCCUCCUCUGUCUCACUAUCCCAGCCAACAGGAUGUGUGGCUCCUCCCACAACUCCACCCAAAGGCGGAUCAGCUAACGGGAUACUGAGAGGGUGGGGCUGUUGUACAGAGGUUGUACCCAUGGAUACAGUCUGACACACUUGGAUCAAGAAACUCAUCACCACGGACUGCCCUCUGAAAAGAGAACCUGCAUCAGUUUGACAUCUUUAACACAGCUCUACAUGCGUUGAGACAUUUAGCAACCAAUCAGUUGGUUGUGUUGUUGUAGCUUCCUCUUCCUGUGUAUGGUCAGGUGACUCGGAAGAGAUUCGCAUGUUCAAAAUGUUCCUCAGACAGAUCUGUCUUGACAGUUUCGGCAGACCUCAUCCCACCCCCACGCACAUGUCUACACCUUGUUUGUGUUCAAAGUGCACUUACUACCGGACAUCAGAAGCUACAAAACAUGUCUUACUACACAAGGGAAGACUGUAUACUGACCCUCAUAAAAAAGUAUUUCAAUAUAGGAAGAAUUCAGGUUACAGAGGAUAUUUUUUAUUCUUCGUCUCAAAUAUUGUAAGGCACAGAGUGCACAGACUUGCACCCUAAAUGGAGAAAAACUAUGAUGUUGGAUUUUUGUAUAAUUUAUCAUUUCUUUAUAGUUUUCUUACUUGCUAGAGUAGAGCUGCAGAUGUUGAGCAAAAGAUUAUUUGUAUGUCGAUUUACAAAAAAGUUUAAAGUGUUAUUAUCAUAGAGUUCUUAUUGUUGAUGACAAUAUGUACAUAUAUUUUAUUAUUUUUGUAUUUAUUGUUAAUCCCCAUUACUAAAAGAACUAAAUGAAGUGUUCUACCCCUAUGUGACCCGUGGACCUCCAACUGAAAUACAGUGGUUAGUGGCUGUGGUUCUCCAUUUUCA